AUGGCGUCCUUUCUCGAAAAUGCAUACAGCUUGGUCCACCAGGACAAUACUGCUGAUCAGCCCUCUCUGCAGGAGCUGAAAUUGCAGUUGGAAAAGGGUACCGAUGAGACCAAGAUGGAGACAAUGAGGCGGAUCAUCACGAUUAUGCUCAAUGGCGACCCGAUGCCCCAACUGCUCAUGCACAUCAUUCGCUUUGUUAUGCCGUCCAGAAGCAAGCCGCUCAAGAAACUCCUAUACUUCUACUAUGAGAUCUGCCCGAAACUCGACGCGAAUGGCAAGCUCAAGCAAGAGAUGAUCCUGGUCUGUAACGGUAUCCGUAACGACCUCCAGCAUGCCAACGAGUACAUUCGAGGAAACACCCUGCGAUUCUUGUGCAAGCUCCGAGAACCGGAACUCAUCGAGCCCCUCCUCUCGUCCGCCCGCUCCUGCUUGGACCACCGCCACGCAUAUGUUAGGAAGAAUGCCGUGUGGGCUGUCGCUUCCAUCUUCCAGCACUCGGAGUCGCUUAUCCCAGAUGCUCCGGAGCUUAUCCAGGCCUUCCUCGACACGGAGACCGAUGGCACCUGCAAGCGCAAUGCAUUCGCGGCCCUCAUGUCCAUCAGUCACCAAAAGUCCCUCGAAUACCUGUCCUCUACAUUUGACAGCAUUCCGAACACGGACGAACUGCUCCAGCUGGCCGAGCUCGAGUUCAUCAGAAAGGAUGCUGUGCAAAACGCCCAGAACAAGGCACGGUAUCUGCGCUUGAUCUUCGACCUUCUUGAUGCGUCAACGAGCACUGUCAUCUACGAAGCUGCGACAUCUCUCACGGCGCUCACCAGCAAUCCCGUGGCCGUGAAGGCUGCGGCGAGCAAGUUGAUUGAGCUUUGCAUCAAAGAAGCCGACAACAAUGUCAAGCUUAUUGUUCUUGACAGAGUCGAUCAGCUACGGAUCCGCAACGAGGGUGUCCUCGAUGACCUCACCAUGGAGAUUCUGCGUGUCCUCUCUAGCCCGGACAUCGAUGUUCGCCGCAAAGCCCUCGGUAUUGCCUUGGAAAUGGUCUCGAGCAAGAAUGUGGAGGAGAUUGUCAUGCUACUCAAGAAGGAACUGGCCAAGACCGUUGAUGAACAAUAUGAGAAGAACAGUGAAUACCGUCAAUUGUUGAUCCAGUCGAUACAUAACUGCGCCAUCAAGUUCUCAGAGAUUGCCGCUAGCGUUGUCGAUCUCCUGAUGGACUUCAUCGCCGAUUUCAACAACAACUCGGCUGUUGACGUAAUUUCGUUUGUCAAGGAGGUCGUGGAGAAGUUCCCUGCGCUCAGAACCUCUAUUGUCGAUCGCCUAGUUUCUACUUUGAGCGAAGUCCGUGCUGGUAAAGUCUACCGGGGUGUCCUGUGGGUUGUCGGAGAAUACUCUUUGGAGGAGAGGGACAUUCGCGAGGCCUGGAAACGAAUCAGAGCAAGCCUCGGAGAGAUCCCCAUCCUUGCCUCGGAACAGCGGCUUCUCGAUGAAGUACCUGAAGAUGCGGCGCUUAAGGAGCAGGUCAACGGUCACUCCAAACCCUCGGCCCCGACCGGAUCACGAAAGGUGCUGGCUGACGGCACCUAUGCCACGGAAAGCGCUCUGACCAGCCAGUCUGCCGCUGCUGCCCGGCUCGAAGCUGUCAAGGCCGCCCAGAAGCCACCUCUCCGUCAACUGAUCUUGGAUGGCGACUACUACCUUGCUACCGUGCUUUCGUCUACCCUUACGAAGUUGGUGAUGCGUCAUUCGGAGGUUUCCGAGGAUGUUGCUCGGACCAACGCCCUGCGUGCGGAGGCUAUGCUGAUCAUGAUUUCGAUCAUCCGUGUCGGCCAGUCGCACUUCGUCAAGGCUCCCAUCGAUGAAGAUUCCGUAGACCGCGUUAUGUGCUGCGUGCGGUCGCUUGCGGAGUUCUCCCAGCGGAAGGAGCUGGAGACGACCUUCCUGGAGGACACCCGGACAGCCUUCCGCGCCAUGGUCCAAGUCGAAGACAAGAAGCGGGCCGCUAAGGAGGCCGUUGAGAAGGCGAAGACUGCCGUUCAGGUUGACGAUGCUAUUCCAAUUCGGCAGUUCACCAAGAAGGCAGCUCUGGAAGGUGCCGAGGAGAUUGAGUUGGAUCUGGUCAAGGCCACCGGCGGCGACUCGACUGUGGAGACGGUGUCCUCGAAGCUGAGCCGAGUUGUCCAACUCACUGGCUUCUCGGACCCAGUCUACGCGGAGGCAUAUGUCACCGUCCAUCAAUUCGAUAUUGUUUUGGAUGUCCUUCUAGUUAACCAGACUCUCGAGACCUUGCAGAACCUCAGCGUCGAGUUUGCGACUCUCGGAGACCUUAAGGUGGUUGAGCGGCCCACCACGCACAACCUCGGACCCCGCGACUUCUUGAACGUGCAGGCUACAGUCAAGGUGUCGUCGACGGAUACGGGUGUGAUUUUCGGCAACAUUGUAUAUGAUGGCGCGAGCUCGACGGAGUCGCAUGUUGUUAUCCUGAAUGACAUCCAUGCCGACAUCAUGGACUACAUCCAGCCCGCCCAUUGCACCGAGACGCAGUUCCGGACGAUGUGGACCGAGUUUGAAUGGGAGAACAAGGUCAACAUUAACUCCAAGGCGAAGAGCCUGCGCGAGUUCCUCAAACAGCUGAUGGAGAGCACCAACAUGGCAUGUUUGACCCCCGAGGCCUCUCUCAAGGGCGACUGUCGGUUCCUGAGUGCCAAUCUAUAUGCCCGGAGCGUAUUUGGUGAGGACGCCCUUGCGAACCUGAGCAUCGAGAAGGAGGGAGAGGAUGGGCCGAUCACCGGCUUUGUACGGAUAAGAAGCCGUUCGCAGGGUCUGGCCUUGAGCCUGGGGUCUCUGAAGGGCCUCAAGGCGACCGCCGCAUGA